GCCGCCAUAUUUGUUGAAAUGUCAAACGAUGUUUCACUCUUGUCAUUUUUCAUUUCCUUUUUGAUUAGUGGACCGUCCUAUUCAUAGUUUUUGUGAUUGUUACAAUAAAUAAAGAGUAAUGAUGGCUGAAGACACGACAGCCGACGCGACGAGGCGACUGAACGUUAAGAAGCAGACCCUGGAUGAUGCUUACGCGGCACCGGCUAACUUCCUAGAAAUCGACGUCGUGAACCCAGUCACGACCAUGGGAGUAGGGAAAAAACGUUACACGGAUUACGAAGUUCGUAUGAGGACGAACCUGCCAGUGUUUAAAGUAAAAGAAUCCAGCGUGAGACGGCGGUACAGCGAUUUUGAGUGGCUUAGAAACGAAUUGGAAAGAGACAGUAAGAUUGUGGUUCCGCCCCUACCUGGCAAAGCCCUCAAAAGGCAGCUACCAUUCCGUGGAGAUGAUGGUAUAUUUGAGGAGGAAUUUAUUGAAGAUCGUAGAAAAGGUCUGGAAGUAUUCAUCAACAAGAUAGCCGGCCACCCGCUGGCGCAGAACGAGCGGUGCCUUCACAUGUUCCUCCAGGAGCCCACCAUAGACAAGAGCUAUGUCCCCGGAAAGAUACGAAACACAUAAUAGACAAUACCGGAAACAGAUGCGAGCUUCGAACUUUAAAACCAACCUCCUUGUGUCACCGUAUUGGCCUAUUACCAAAAAGGUUUUGGACUCGUGUUAUAGUUCCCCUUGUUAAAUGUGAUGUUGAUGUUAUGUGUUAUGUAUGUGCGUUCGUAAUUGCAAAUUCACGCACACCGACCUUGUGUAUGACCCCACUCAAAUAUCUUCACCGUUUGCAGGGUUCGCAGCUACACAGAUUAUUCCUAUAACAAAUGUAUAUUGAUUGUGUAAAAUAUUAAUUUGUCUAGUGAAAGUGUUUAUGGUGACACCAAUUUUUAAGUCUACCUGUCUGGUACGUGGAGGACUCAGGUUCAGGCGUCUGUGUUGCAAUGUGUUACGUAAUAAAUAGACAGCUAAAAGACAACAGGUAUUGAGUGUUUAUAGGCCAGUUUCCAACAAGUGAGUAGUUUUAAAGUUCUUCCCGAAUGUUAUUGCAGUUGUGACAUACAAAUAUCAAUACCUUGCCUUCUAGUUUUUGUUAUGAAACACAAUUUGCAAUAAUCUUCAGUGAUUACAAUAUAAAUUAUCUUAAGGUAAUGCAAACUAUUUGAGACAACAACAUUACACAGCACAGCAUUCCACAGAUUAUAUUUUAUAAUAAAAAG